UCGCCAAGCGCAAGGCUGACGCCGCCUCCUCCAAGGGGGAAGGCUGCGCAGAAGGGGAAGAGGGCGGUCACCGGGGAGGACAGCAAGCACCGGGGUGGCAAUGGCGAGGAUGAGAAGCCGACGUACCUGCACGUGAGUGCGAGGAGGGGGCAGGCGACGGACAACAAAAGCCUUGCCGAGCGGGAGCUCAACCUUGGAAUGAGCAGCGCGAGUUCAUGGCCCUCUGAUCAUUGUGUGAAUCUUGGGAGGGCUAUCAUCAAUGCAAAAACAUCAGAAUUGGAGGAGACCAAGAAGAAGAUAAAUCGCAACAGAAACAUGCCAGAGAAACCUCCUCCAGCAAGCGAGGUGGCACAGCAACAACAAGGUUCUGACAGAGCUGCACAAAUAAAGGAUGGAUACAUUGCAAAUCCAGAGACCGCUUCAGACACAUUGUAUGCGGCGAGUGCCAAGAAACUCAGCAGUGCCAGCAGGAAGCGGAUGCAAAGAUCUCGAUGUAAUAGUAUAGCUCACUAACUAUCAUUAGUAUAGCUAACUGAUUGAUGACCAAUGCUUUCCGGUUCUGGGACCAAUUGCAUCAGCGAAACUAGCAGCACCAAAGGAGGAGAGCGUGCAGAGAAGAAAGUCCAUGAGAACGCCAAUACCACAGCCGAGCGAGCAUAGGGAGGAUCUGUUCGAGAUCGAGGACACCCAGCUUGCCAUUUGCAGCGGCAGCAAGCCCAGGACCGCUACUGCCAGUGACCUGCCUGAGCGCUACUUCCAGUGACCUGCCAGGAGGGCACGCAGAGGAUCGCCUCCAACAAGGAGAUGCCCAUCAACAUUAAGCUUAGGAGGUCCAUAGCCUCCUUGGCAAAAAAUUUUUUGAUACUUUGGUACAACUGCUUGUUGCAAUGAUUCUUUGUAGUAACAGUAUAGUUUAGUGUGGUUUAUUAUUAUCAUUAUUAUUAUUUGAAUGGUUGGGCUGGAAUUCUUGAUGUACCAUUUGCGUAUUUUGACACAUUAUUUGUUGUUAAGAGGGUGCUGUGUAUGAAAAAUUGCACGGAGUUUGACCAAUUUGGCAAUGAAAUUAAUUUAAGAUGC